UCUUUGGAUUUUUUCACUUCCCUGUUUGUUUUUACUGGUUUAUCUGUCACCUUUCUUUUAUUACCGAAAUGAACGAUUCUAAUACUAUUAUUGGUAUCAACUUUGGUACUGCAUAUACCUCUAUUGCCUACCUUAAUAAGGAAGGUCGCGCUGAUUGUCUUGCUAAUGAAGAAGGUGAUAGACAAAUCGCCUCUGCUCUUGCUUUUCAUGGUGAUGAAGAAGUUAUCGGUUCUCAGGCCAAAUCUGACAUUCCUCGUCAUCCUAACCAAACCAUUGCCAACUUCCGUGCUAACCUUGGAAAGAGCUUUGCCGAUGCCGAAAACUUGACAGGUUCAGCUGCUCCUGUCGUUGAUAAGGAUGGCGUCCCAGCUUACAAUAUCGAAUUACCCUCUGGUAAGACAACUCUUUCUGCUAAGGAAGUUACCUCUAAAUUUUUGCGCCAUAUUCGUGAAUCUGCCGAAGCUUUUCUUGGUACCAAUGUCACUGGUGCAGUCAUGGCUGUUCCUUCCUACUAUACCGAAAAGCAACGUGAAGAAUUAGUGUCUGCUGCUGAUGCUGCUAGUAUUAAAGUGAUUCAACUUGUACACGAAUCUGCCGCCGCUGCCCUUGCCUACGACAUCGGCCAAAGUGCUUCUACUAAGGAUCCUCAGGAUGAAUUAGUUGUUGUUUGCGAUUUGGGUGGUCACUCUUUCGACGUUUCUGUUUUAGCUGUUCGCUCCGGUAUGUACACAAUUUUGGCUAAUGCCCAUAAUACCAAGGUGGGAGGUGCUUCCUUUGACGAUAACUUGAUCAAGCACUUCACUUCUGAAUUCCAAAAGAAGGCUAAGAUCGAUAUUGCUGACAAUAAGAAAGCUUUGGCUAAGCUUCGCAAUGCUGUUGAAGUGACCAAGAAGAUGUUGUCUCGUAACAACUCUGCUCCUUGUUUCGUAGAAUCUUUGGCCGAAGGUGUCGAUUUCCACAGCACAGUCAACCGUAUGCGUUUCGAGCUUUUGAACAAAAAUGUCUUCUCUGAACUUCAAACUGUCAUCCAUCAAGUUUUGGAAAAGUCUGAUUUGGAUGCUUCUGAAAUUAAUAAGGUUCUCCUUGUCGGUGGUGCUGCUCGUAUUCCCAAGUUCGCUGUCAAGGUUCGUGAAGUUUUCACCAACGAACAAACCCAAGUUUUGAAUGAGCUUGAAGCUGAUGAAGUUGUCGCUCGUGGCUGUGCAAUUCAAGGCUCUUUAAUUUCUGGUUUCGAGAAGGAAGAUAUUGAAGCCGCUAUUCAUCCUGUCGUCACAUUAGCUCCCAAUACAACCAAGGCUAUUGGCAUUCUUAAUGCAAAUGGCGACUUCGUUCCUGUCAUUCCUCGUGGCACUGCCUUGCCUACUCGUCGUGUCUUUGAAUUCUCUAACUCCGAAGAUAAUCAAAGCAAUGCCUACGUUGCAUUAUACGAAGGUGAUCAUACAAUUGAAAAAGAAGAGAUCAAGCACGAACCUGUCCAACUUGAAGAUGAUGAAGAACCUUAUGAAGAGGAACCCGAAAUUGUCACCAAGGUCGUUAACAAACCUGCCACUAAAUUGAUUGAAGCUUGUCUUCCUCUUGAAAAGGCAACUAAAGCCAAGAGCAGCAAGAUUGAAGUACAAAUUACCGUUGACGCUCAAGCCAAUGUUACUUUGGUUAUGCGCGAAAAGAAUGGCUCCAAGGUGGUUAAGGUUGAAGCCAAGAAAUAAAUUGUAUGAGUUUCUCAUUCUGUCUUAUCCUCUAUUUUUCUUUUAUCUCAAUCCAUCAUCAUUAUGAUUAUAUUUUUUAUUUCUUUUUACACAUGCAGCACUCCAUCUGUAAUUUUUGCACAACUCGAUAUACACUGUACUCUCCCCUUUACACGCGUCAUAAUGUAAAAAGAGAUAAACCUAUAGAGUUUUUUAUAAAACACAUGUCA